AUGACGCUCUUUUCGUUAAUACAAAAAAGUAAUCCAAAGGUUUAUAAACGAAACUUUCAAGAGGAAUUCGUUCGAGAGACAAAUAAAAAUAAUGCAAUGAUUUAUGAUACUGGAUCUCAAUUAUCAACUUGGACAUUGACACUACAAAUUUGUUGUAUUGAGGAAAAGAAAACAGGGAUCAUACAAUGUGUCAAA